AAAAUAAGCAAAAUAAAAACAAAUAUGCACAUUGCAUUUAUUUUAAUAAAUUUCUAAAAUAAUUGCCCCCUUAAUUAUUAAUUAGUGUUAAGCCCCCUAAAAGCUCGAAUUCUAGAAUGGAUUUUGCCAAAAAGCAACUGGAAAAAUACGGCUGGAGUGAAGGUAAAGGCCUGGGCCGAAAAGAAGACGGCAUAUCGGCCCCCUUGAAGGCUCAAGUAAAAUUGGACAAUUUGGGCGUAGGUUACGAUGUUGGGGAAGAAUUUACCAACAAGUGGUGGGAAAGGGUAUACAAUAGUGCCGCCGAAAACAUUGCCAUGAAAGUGGACGACAACAAUGACGUAAAACUACAAAUAAAAGACAAAAACUCUGUUGAAAUAACCACAAAAUCUUAUUCAGUUAAAAAUUUCAAAAAGAAUAAUUCUUUGGAGUAUGGGACUUUUAUCAAAGUCUCAAAAUUGACCGAACAAGGCACUGAAAACUAUAAAACUAAAUUUGAACCAUUGAAGUUACCAACUCAUGUGGAACUCAGUGACGAGAAAUUAUUUGCUGCUUGCGGUGGCAGAACUGCACACAAAGGGGCCAGGCACGGUUUGACAUUAAGCGGAAAACUGUCUAGAGUUGAGAAACAAGAAAAAUUGCUGUCAAAACAAAUGAAAAGGGUCUCUUUGGAUGAAACCUCCAGCAGCAAAGUAGAAAAAAAACUAAAAAAAUUGAAAAAACAAAAACCCAAAGAGGCAAUAGUUGAAAAAUACACCCCUAUUGACCUGGAUGUGAGUUCUACUAGCACUUCAAGUACCUCAAUAAAAUCUUCAAUGAAAAAGAAAAAGAAAAACAAAAAACUAAAACAUGUUUCAUUCAAUGAUAAUGUAACUGUACAAGUUUGCAAUAAGGAUUUAGAUACGAGUAUUGACAGUGAAGGUUCAGCUUCAGUAAAAGACGAAAACGACGGUUCAGAUGAAGGCAUCGAUUUGGAAAACAACAAUAUCAAUGUUGAAGAUAAUCAAAAAGCUUUUGAAGAGGCCCGAUUAAAUUUCAGCGACUUAUCAAAAGCUGAAAGGAAGAAACUCAAAAAGAAGCGCGAUUUCGAUGCAAAAUUGAAAUCAGCCACUACAGUGCUCAUGAAAAAUGCCAAAGAGUUCCAAGAAAUGUUGAACAAAAAAAGGAAGUAUUUGGAGGAGCAAGAAGGAGUUAAUUCGGACAAGCACAAGAAGGAAUGCAAGAAAAGGAAGGCUAGGAAAAAUGCAGAGGAAAAUGCUAUAAGUAGUAUUUCUAGGUCGUUGGAAGGCUCUUGCCGCAUUUCUGAAAGUGAUUAGGAUAAUAUUAUGUAAUUUUUAUUUGUUUAAAUAUUUAGUUUGUAGAAAUAGGUAAAAUAAUUUUUGAGUUUUUGAAUUAUUAUUAUUUUUUGUUUAUUCUUAUAGGGGUUGUUUGGAUUUUGGCUAAUAAUUGUACAUACAUAAUUUGAAUCGAAAAAUAAAUAAAAUCAGUUUCGGUUGGUGAA